AUGGCGAUCAAACAGGCAGACCAUCGGAAGGACAUGAAAUGCAUUCCUGAUCCGCCUGAUCUGGAUUCGUGGAGAGAGAAGCUGUUCAAUGUAGACGAGACGAUCACUCUGAGUGAAGAGCAAUUCCUAAUCUACUUCCCCCACAUCGACAACGUCUACUCCCACCGCUCUACACAACGCUACAAGCGCAAGCCCUUCGUCUCGCAUUACUGGGACUGUCGACUAAAAGGCCGUCCACCAGGAACACCCAAAUCCAACAACCCGACUAAGAAGAAGCGAAAACGUACCGCUCGCCAACGAGAUCUCUGCGACGUCAAGAUCAAGAUCACAGAGUAUUUCCCUGGCUUCGUCCCGGAAUUGACACCAAGUGAUCCAGAUCCGUCAUUUCCGUCGGAGUUGUUACCGGGUGUUCAUGCGUUGUUUGAUCACGGUGGGAAUGGCGAUGGCGAUGAUAGGGGAUCGCAGCCAUUUGGAAUCCUUACGCCGAAUCCUUCACCACCGGAUGGACAUGCUGGUAUCGCUGGGGAGCGGUUCUUUACGAUUCAGCGGGUGAAUGGUAACGGCGCGAAUGGGAAGCAUGAUGGUGUUGGAGGGGGGCAUCGACAUACGCUGGAGGAGAGCGAUCGCGUCAAGAAGAAUAGUGUCCAGCGACGGGUUUUGAGUCAGACGAGGGAGAGGAAGAGGUCGAGUCCGGUAUGUACUUCUUUUCUCUUUUUGCGUGUCAUGACUCUAACCCAUCAAUCGACGCGAAAGAUCAAAACCAUGCCUCCCCAACACCAAACGAGCCAAAAGAUAUACCAUACCGAAGCCACCGGUACCGCUGCAUUGACCGCGCUCAAUCACAAAAAUGAAUGCGAUUUGAGGUUGUUUGGUAGUUGCUUCUGUCCAUUCGUGCAACGGGUAUGGAUCGCAUUGGAGUUGAAAGGCAUCCCGUACCAAUAUAUCGAGAUCGAUCCGUAUAAGAAACCGCAGUCGUUACUCGAGGUGAAUCCGCGGGGAUUGGUUCCUGCGCUACGGCACGGCGAUUGGGGGUGUUAUGAGAGUACGGUGUUGAUGGAAUAUCUCGAGGACUUAAAUGGCGGUGCCCCGCUUAUGCCGAAAGACAAUGCGAAGUUGCGUGCUCAAAGCCGAUUGUGGGCGGACCAUAUCAAUCGCCAUAUCGUCCCCAAUUUCUAUCGUGUUCUACAAGAACAAGACCAAGAGAAACAGAUCGCGAACGCGCAGGAAUUGCGUGAAGGUUUCACCAAGCUGAUCGAUGCCGCCCAUCCCCAAGGUCCGUUUUUCUUGGGUCCCCGUAUUUCGUUCGUGGACAUCCAAGUCGCGCCUUGGAUUCUCCGGCUUCGUCGUGCUCUCAAACCAUACCGCGGAUGGCCGGAUCCAGAGGAGGGAACUCGGUGGGCGACUUGGGUCAAUGCCAUUGAAUCUAAUGAGCACGUUCGAGCAACAACCAGCACGGACGAGCUGUAUUUGGACAGCUAUGAGCGUUAUGCUCGUAAGUUUCCUGCUCGAAGAAAAUUGGCGCCCCCGCGCUAA